GGUAGACAAGAAACAGUAUUGUGGAAUUGUGGGAUUCUCUGAUCCCAGCAGUGUCUAGCAUCGUGGCUCGGUGUGGGAGAGAGAGUCAUGUUGGAGAGGGCAGAUCGUCCAGCUCCAAUCUUUCUUCCCUCACAGCUUGGAAAUACAAUGGAGCAUGCAACUCGACGAUCCAGUUCCCAUGCCAGGAGUAAUCACAAGGUAAAGAAAGGUAGGCGUGUAUGAUAUCAGAAGAAUAGAUAGGGAAAAAGUACUUAUUGCCCCUUUUCCUUCCCUUCCCUCCCCUUUCGUUCUUCCUUUCUUCCUCUUGCUUCCUCCUCCUCUUCCCCACGUUUGCAACACUCUCCAUCGGCGUGCUCGUUCUCUCUUAAUUAUCGAAUACUGCUUCCGGAAUCCAUUCCCGUGUAGACCCGAGGUCCAGUAUUUAUAACAACAGCUCGUACUUUGAUACUCCCUUCGACAACUCUCUUCCAUUUAUUUGCACAAUCAAACAAUUCAAAAAGACUACUAUUACUCAAUAAUCUCAAAAUGUCUCACGGCGGCGACCAAGGCUCAACAGAGCAUAUCAACACAGAUAUUAUCACUCUUACUAGAUUCCUCACCGAAGAACAAACAAAAGUUAAGGAAGCAACUGGAGAUUUCACACUUCUUUGCCAUGCCCUCCAAUUUUCCUUCAAAUCGAUAGCAUACUAUAUCCGUCGCGCAUCCCUCAUCAACUUGACCGGUCUCGCAGGAUCCAGCAAUAUCACUGGAGAUGACCAAAAGAAACUCGACGUAAUUGGCAAUGACCUCUUUAUCGCCGCCAUGAAAUCCUCCGGAAAAUGCGCCGUUUUAGUUUCCGAAGAGGAAGAAGAAGCCAUCUUCUUCCCCGAAGCUAAAGGUGCCCGCUACGCCGUCGCAUGCGACCCCAUCGACGGAUCCUCCAAUCUCGACGCUGGUGUAUCGGUCGGCACAAUCUUCGGCAUCCACAAACUCGCAGAAGGCUCGACAGGAACCAAGGAAGAUCUCCUCAAGCCCGGAACCGAACUCAUCGCCGCAGGUUUCACCAUGUACGGUGCCUCGGCCCAAUUAGUUAUUACAAUGAAGGGAGGUGGUGUCAAUGGUUUCACAAUGGACAAUGCGUUGGGAGAAUUCAUCCUCACCCAUCCCGAUAUGAAAUUGCCCAAGAAGAGAUCCAUCUACUCGGUUAAUGAGGGAAAUUCUCUUUACUGGGAAGAUACCACCAAAAACUACUUUAACUCAUUAAAGUACCCUGAGGGCGAGGGCGGAAAACCUUAUAGCGCAAGAUAUAUCGGAAGUAUGGUGGCAGAUGCUUAUAGAACAUUGCUAUAUGGAGGUGUUUUCGCCUACCCCGCGGACAAAAAGAGCCCCAAGGGUAAACUGAGAAUUUUGUAUGAAUGUGCACCUAUGGCUAUGGUUUUCGAAAAUGCCGGCGGCCAAGCCUUGAACAGCACGAUGGACAGAAUGAUGGAAGUAGUACCCGAGAGUAUCCACGACCGAUCCGGUAUCUUCAUGGGUAGCUGGGAUGAAAUGGAGAAGGUCAAGUCAUUUCAUAAGUGAGAAAAGAGUUUGAUAUCAACAUGAUUGGCUUCGGGGAUUGGGGUUUAGGAUAUGGUUCUAGGUAGCGAAUAUCACCUUUGUUUAUUGCCCUGAAUAAUAGAUAAAUAACUACACUUUACUGCGCACA